CGAUUCCUCAUAAGUCAUAACCUCUCGAUUGCCCUCCAAGUUUUAAACCGUCAGUUUGCUGUUUUUGCACCUCAACAACUUCACUUAUAUGAUAGCUUCCGGUGACCGGAAACCUGAGAGCCCAAGCCCGUCACCAGCUCUCGGUUUCCCUCGAUUCCGUUUCUUCCGUUACCGGCGCUUGAGGUAAGAAGUCACACCAGAAUCAAGAAACGUAAAAGAAAAUUUAUCGCAUUUUGCUUUAUUUAAAUCUAUUUAGGGAUUCUAUGCCCACGUCUAAGAGUAACCGGAGGGGACAAGAGCAGAGCCGGAAAGGAAAAUUGUUAUCGGAAAAAUCGAUGUCGUUUCACGGGAGACCUCCGGCCAUGAUGAUGGCGGAGAAACAGUUGAGAAGGCCAAAGACGUUGCCGGAUUUGCAUCCGGAUCGGAGUCCCGUCAGUUUUUCACCGGAGAAUAAACCGAAGUUGACGAAGCUGUUGUUAAACGUUACGGUUCAGGGAAGCGUAGGUGCCGUACACGUAAUAAUGUCUUCGGAAAACACCGUCGCCGACUUGGUCGCCGCCGCCAUGAGGCAGUACGUCAAAGAAUGUCGGCGACCGAUCUCGCCGACCGCCGACCCGUCCUGCUUCGACCUCCACUAUUCACAGUUUAGCCUAGAAAGUUUGGAUAGAAACGAGAAGUUGACGGAACUUGGAUCGAGAAACUUCUUUCUGUGUAGAAGAAAAGCAGAAGUGCAGAGUGAAGCAACGACGUCGUCUUCGACGUGUUCAAAGGAGGCAGAAAAGGUUAGCAAGGCAGGGAUUCCUUGGCUGAAGUUUAUGGGUUUCUAGUUGGGUUCUGGUGUAAAAAGUAAAAAACGGUUAGAUUACAGUUGAAAUAUUAUAGGUCAUGUGACAGGUUCAGCAUAUGCGAAAUUUGCGGAUGCUUUUAGGUUUUAUUAAGAAGAUUAAUGAAGGAGAUUGUAAUAUUUCUUCAUCUCCAUUUGAUUUCUCCUUUUGUUUUGAUUCUUCAACGGAUUGGAUAUCCAAUAUUAUGUACAGCUUUUUGUGUACCAAAUCUUUAUUGUCUAAUUUAGUUGGUGUUUACGAAAUUCA